UUCCAACUUCCAUUAUUUUUUUUUUACAAAAGGAAAUGUCCAAUUGAUUGAUUGUGUACCUGCUUCGACUUUCUCCAGUUUUCCAAGUUUUUCUGAAACUAUAUUGGCACAAAUCUGCCACGAACUAACUGUAAUAGAAUCACAUAAAGUGUAUUUCGUAAAUUCUUCAAACUCCUGUUAAAGUUCCUGUCGAUUACCUCUCCUAAUUCCCGUUAUCCUUAAGUAUAUUUUCUGCCACGUUCUGCUGGUGUUCUUGAGGAUGUGAAAUGUUUUUGUAACAUCUUACACAGAAAUAGAAGCAACCAUGUCAAGCAUGUCAGACAGAAAGGCAGAGCUGGAGCGCAAGAAGGCCAAGCUCCAGGCUCUCCGCGAAGAGAAGGACCGCCGUCGGAGGGAAAAAGAACAGAAAGAUGCAGAAGAGGCCUUGCAAAGAGCAUCGGCCGCAUCCAGCCUGGACAGCCGCCGCGACCUGGACGAGAUGCUGUCCUCGCUGGGAGUGGCUCCAGUCAAGGAUGUGCUGUCGUCGCUGUCCUCCAUGACGUCACUGACGCCGCCGCAGACCGCCUCGCCCGACGCCAGCCUGCCGCACACCGAUAAGUCCAGCCUGCCGUCGCAUGGUGGUGUGAAGAAGCCCAACCUGUUGCAAGUUGUGUCGGUCCAGUCCACGGACAUUCCUCCUAAAGAGAAUGUCACGUACGCCAAGCAGACUCAGACCACUGCCUCCGGUGUCACCGAGCUCAGAGAUGGAUACAUGGAGGACUGGUGGCGGCCGCGCAAAGCACACGCAACCGACUACUACGAUGAGUACAAUCUAAACCCGGGUUUAGAGUGGGAGGACGAGUUCACAGUGCUUACAUUCGACGGCGACGGCGCGCGGCAAGGCGACGACGAGGAGGCGGCGUUCCACGGCAAACUGCCGCCCGGCAUCCUGCCGCACGGCCUGCCCACCGUCAAGGAGGUGCAGCCGGCUGUUACCGCCGCGCCGGUGGAGAAGAAAGAGGAGGAGAAAGAGAAGAAAGUGCGCGAGCUGAGCGUGGAUGAGAAGCAAACCAUCAUGCUGUCAGCCGAGUUCCAGCGGUUCAUCAGCCGCGCCGGCCGCGUCAUCGAGCGCGCGCUGGCCGAGUCCGUCGACAUCUACACCGACUACACCGGCGGCGGCGACGCCGAGAACGCGCUCGACGACAAGUCCGACGCUCGCCUAUCCCUCGUCCGCACAUUCUACGACGAGCGUUGGUCGCGCGGACGUUGCGUGACGUGCCUGGACUGGUCCGCGGCUCAUCCCGAACUCAUGCUGGCGUCCUACCACAACAGCGACGACGCGCCGCACGACCCCGACGGCGUGUGCCUCGUGUGGAACACCAAGUUCAAGAAGAACACGCCCGAGGACAUCUUCCACUGCCAGUCGCCCGUCAUGAGCGCCACCUUCGCUAGGUUCCACCCGAACCUGAUCCUGGGCGGCACGUACUCGGGGCAGAUCGUGCUGUGGGACAACCGCGUGCAGAAGCGCACGCCUGUACAGCGCACGCCGCUGUCCUCGCUCGCGCACACGCACCCAGUAUACUGCCUCUCAGUGGUAGGCAGCCAGAACGCGCACAACCUCAUCUCGGUGUCCACCGACGGUCGCAUGUGCACUUGGUCGCUGGACAUGCUGUCCGCGCCGCAAGAGACGCUGGAGCUGCAGCACCGCCAGAGCAAGGCCGUGGCCGUCACCUGCAUGGGCUUCCCGCACGGGGACGUCAACAACUUCGUGCUGGGCAGCGAGGACGGGAAUAUGUAUACCGGGAGCCUGUACGGCCAACGCGCGGGCGUGUCAGAAUGCAUCGAGGCGCACGCGGGCCCGGUGACGGCGCUGUCGUGGCACGCCGCGCCCGCCGCCGCCGACCUGGCGCACCUCUACCUCACCGCGUCCGUCGACUGGAGCGUCAAGCUGUGGAGCUCCAAGGAGAACAAGGCGCUGUAUUCGUUCGAGGACUCCGGCGACUACGUGUCGGACGUGCGCUGGUCGCCCGCGCACCCGGCGCUGUUCGCCGCCGUGGACGCGGCCGGCCGCCUCGACCUGUGGAACCUCAACCGCGACACCGAGGUGCCGAUCGCGUCAAUCCAAGCAGAAGGCGGCGUGGCGUUCAACCGUGUAUCGUGGACGCCGGCCGGCACGCACGUCACCGCCGGCGACGACGCCGGCAAGAUAUGGGUCUACGAGCUGGCUGAGCACGUAGCCCAACCGCGGCACGACGAGUGGACCAAGUUCGUGUACACGUUACAAGAGCUGCGCAACAACCAGGCGGACGAGGAGAGCGACCGCCUCAGCCUGGCCGCCUCCGGCCCGCCGUCGCUCACGUCGCUCACAUCGCUCGCCAGCAACCCGCUGCGGUAGGCGGGCCCACUAGAGAUGACCGGUUAUCGAUAGUUUAGAUAACGAUAGAUUUUUGACUCCGAUAAUCGUUUAGUGGUAUAGAUGUUCUGAACCAAAAUCGUAUAAAGUGGCAUAGAUGUCCUACACUGAACCAAAUCGUAUAGAAUGGCAUGGAUGUCCUACACUGAACCAAAAUCGUAUAAAGUGGCAUAGAUUUCCUAACCGUCCCACCCGUGAUCCGUUGAAUGGGGGCGCCACCGUCAAUACUGGAUCACUGUUUCCCUGAUUUCACAGAGCUGCUACAAAAAAGUGAAGAAUCGUGGAACUAUUAUUACUAUUUGUAAGUUAUCAAUGGUAUUGUCAUAUUUUGCAUUGUUGAUAGUCUGACUAUAGUUAUCGAUAUUGAUAGAAGCUAUCGAGCGGCAUCUCUACACGCAAAACUCAUUAUUCCAAUUUGGUUCCUCAAUGGGAACGCAAACCGCACGGGUGACCAGGUCGCACCCUGCUAAGAACACUUACCAUGAACAUGCUCUUUCUUACUUCACUUGCCAGUUAUUUUGGGCUGGAAAACCAAUAGCUAAACUUAUCAGAAUUGGUGACACCCCUAAGAAUAUCUCAUUAAAAUUAUAUUAUCAAUGUUACAGUGUAAAGAGGGUAGUAAGUGUUGGAUCAAAUUGAUCUCAAAAGAUCAUGUUAUGCUUGCUGAUUACAGCGAGGCAAGAAAGAUAAAAUAGGUGCCCUGAAAAGGGCCUAAUGAAUUUGAAGAAUACUUGGAAGCUUGAUGACUUGUGCUAUCCAGUCAUCUAUCUCACUAAACUAACCAACAAGAAUUAGUAACUAAUCUGCAAUCGAAAAUUGUUAUGAGAUGAAGAGUUGGAGAUGAAUUUGGUUGUUUGAUUAGUGAUGGACUAAUAAGAUAUUAUUCUGGAAUUAUUGGUUGAUUCUGCAGGAUUGUCAAAAAUUUUGGUGGUAUGAUAAGGUGAAAUGAAUUUACUGUUUCGGUAUACUAUAUCAAGCAUACCAUAACUUUUUAUUCAGAACUUUUAUAAUGUUAAUGUUUAUGUAGGUAGAUAGAACCAACUAUUAAAUUAUAAUCACUAUAAACUUUAUAAUAGCACAGAUAUAACAACAUUAAUUUUAGAUCAAAUAGAUAUUAUUUUAAAAACAUUUAAAUAUCUCAAAUAUUAACAUAGGUAUCUCUGUUUGGAUACUAUCAACAUAGCUCUAAUAGAAUAAGGUGAUAAGAUGUUGUCUCCUUAGAAACAUUUGAUUCAUAGUUACUGAUUUUUUCUGCUUUACAUAUUAUUGCAGCUAUAAUAUAAGGAAAAUUUUCAGUCACGGUACUAUUUUGCAGAAAUAUUAGAUUGUAGGCUCAUUAUUUUU